GAGGAGCCUCCUAGCAGCCGCCCCAGGAGGGAGAGGACCGCAGCUCGCCCCGGCUGUGGACGCCAGACCCGCGCCUGCCCUGCCCUGCCCUGCCCCGCGCGCCCUUCGCCAACAUGAUCGCCGCGCAGCUGCUGGCCUACUACUUCACCGAGCUCAAGGAUGAUCAGGUCAAAAAGAUUGACAAAUACCUCUAUGCCAUGAGACUGUCCGACGAAACUCUGUUAGAUAUCAUGACCCGUUUUAAGAGCGAGAUGAAGCAAGGCCUUUCCCGCGAUUUUAAUCCGACAGCCACAGUUAAGAUGCUGCCGACCUUUGUAAGAUCCAUUCCCGAUGGCUCAGAGAAGGGAGAUUUCAUCGCCCUGGAUCUCGGUGGCUCUUCCUUCCGCAUCCUCCGGGUGCAGGUCAGCCUGGAGAAGAAACAGAACGUCUUAAUGGAGUCCUUGAGCUACGAGACCCCGGAGAACAUCAUGCAUGGCAGUGGGAGCCAGCUUUUCGACCACGUCGCUGAGUGCCUGGGAGACUUCUUGGAAAAAAAAAAGAUCAAAGAUAAGAACCUGCCCGUGGGAUUCACAUUCUCUUUCCCUUGCCGGCAGUCCAAGAUAGACGAGGCCGUCCUCAUCACCUGGACCAAAAGAUUCCGAGUGAGCGGAGUGGAGGGCACCGACGUGGUGAAGCUGCUCGACAAAGCCAUGAAGAAACGCGGGGACUAUGAUGCGCACAUCGUGGCUGUGGUGAAUGACACGGUGGGCACCAUGAUGACUUGUGGCUAUGAUGACCAAGAGUGCGAAGUUGGCCUCAUCAUCGGCACCGGCACCAACGCCUGUUACAUGGAGGAACUGAGACACAUCGACCUGGUGGAGGGCGACGAGGGCCGCAUGUGCAUCAACACCGAGUGGGGAGCCUUCGGGGACGACGGGGCCCUGGAGGACAUUCGCACCGAGUUCGACCGGGAGAUAGACCGAGGGUCGCUCAACCCAGGGAAGCAGCUAUUUGAGAAGAUGGUGAGCGGCAUGUACCUGGGCGAGCUGGUGCGGCUGAUCCUGGUCAAGAUGGCCAAGGAGAGCAUUCUGUUUGAGGGCCGCAUCACACCAGAACUGCUCACUCGGGGCUCUUUCACCACCGGGGAUGUGGCAAACAUUGAAAAAUCUAAGGAAGGCCUUGCCAAUGCCAAGGCUAUUCUGACCCGCCUGGGAGUGGAGCCGUCGGACGACGACUGUGUGGCAGUCCAGCACGUGUGCACCAUCGUGUCCUUCCGCUCAGCCAACCUUGUGGCUGCCACGCUGGGCGCUAUAUUGAACCGUCUCCGGGAUAACAAGAGCACCACCCGGCUGCGGACCACGGUUGGUGUCGACGGGUCUCUUUACAAGAUGCACCCACAAUACUCCCGGCGUUUCCACAAGAUGGUGAGGCGCCUGGUGCCCGACUCGGACGUCCGCUUCCUGCUGUCGGAGAGCGGCAGUGGCAAAGGCGCCGCCAUGGUGACGGCCGUGGCCUACCGCCUGGCCGAGCAGCACCGGCAGAUCCGAGAGAUUCUGGCCACCUUCCACCUGUCCAACGACAUGCUCCUGGAGGUCAAGAAGCGGAUGCGGGCCGAGAUGGAGAUGGGCCUCAAGAAGGCCACCAACGAGAAGGCCGUUGUCAAGAUGCUCCCUUCCUUCGUCCGAAGCAUCCCCGAUGGCACCGAACAUGGUGACUUCUUAGCGCUGGAUCUCGGGGGCACGAACUUCCGAGUGCUGCUGGUGAAAAUCCGAAGCGGGAAGAAGAGGACCGUGGAGAUGCACAACAAGAUCUACGCCAUCCCCAUCAACAUCAUGCAGGGCACGGGGGAAGAGCUCUUCGACCACAUCGUGUCCUGCAUCUCCGACUUCCUCGACUACAUGGGGAUCAAGGGCCCCAGGAUGCCUCUGGGCUUCACCUUCUCCUUCCCCGUCAAACAGACAAGCCUGGACAAGGGCAUCUUGGUCACCUGGACAAAGGGCUUUAAGGCGACAGACUGUGUGGGACAUGAUGUGGCGACCCUGUUGAGAGAUGCAAUUAAAAGGAGAGAGGAAUUCGACCUGGACGUGGUGGCCGUGGUCAACGACACCGUGGGCACCAUGAUGACUUGCGCUUACGAGGAGCCCACCUGUGAGAUGGGGCUCAUUGUGGGCACUGGCAGCAAUGCCUGCUACAUGGAAGAAAUGAAGAACAUCGAGAUGGUGGAAGGGGAUGAAGGGAAGAUGUGCAUCAACAUGGAGUGGGGCGCCUUUGGGGACAACGGGAGCCUGGACGACAUCAGGACCAUCUUUGACCAAAUGGUGGACGAAUUUUCUCUGAAUGCUGGGAAACAGAGGUUUGAGAAAAUGAUCAGCGGAAUGUACCUGGGCGAGAUCGUCCGCAACAUCCUGAUCGACUUCACCAAGAAGGGCUUCCUCUUCCGGGGCCAGAUCUCUGAGCCCCUGAAGACCUGGGGCAUCUUCCAGACCAAGUUUCUCUCACAGAUCGAGAGUGACCGGCUGGCGCUGCGCCAGGUCCGGGCCAUCCUGCAGCAGCUGGGCCUCAACAGCACGUGCGACGACAGCAUCCUGGUGAAGAUGGUGUGCGGGGUGGUGUCCCGGCGUGCCGCGCAGCUCUGCGGGGCUGGCGUGGCCGCCGUGGUGGACAAGAUCCGGGAGAACCGGGGCCUGGACCGGCUCAACGUGACGGUCGGCGUGGACGGGACCCUCUACAAGCUGCAUCCGCACUUCUCCCGGAUCAUGUGCCAGACGGUGAAGGAGCUCUCACCACAGUGCUCCGUGUCCUUCCUCCUGUCCGAAGAUGGCAGCGGCAAGGGCGCUGCCCUCAUCACGGCCGUGGGUGUCCGGCUCCGGGAUGAAGUGAGCAGCUGAGGUCCCAGGUCCCUGCCACCGCCACCGCCCUUCCAGUGUGACCCCACACCCAGCCAGCCAUGCUGGAGUGGAGUGGAGGGUGGGGGGCUGCCGGCGCCUGAGCCCACCACCCCGCCAAAGGUGGUGGGAGAAAACACACACACACAAAACACAACACACAACACACAACCCGACUUCACGGCGCCUAACCUUAGGGUACAGAGCUGGAGCACGUGCUCUUGAUAACCACCUGGCCUGCCCCACGACUGCAUGGUUUGAUUUCCAACUGGUCGUCCGGUCCCCUCCGUGUGUGACGUGUAGGCCUCCCUCCCCACCCAUCCACCCAUCGUUCUAAUUUAUGCAUUCGUCCAGCAGCGGGUGGGGGUCGGCCCACCAGGAAAAGCCCCACCCUCAUCCUGACAGGCCUUACUGGGCCCCCCACCCCGCCACCCGUCCUGUGGACGCAUCUCGUUGUGACGUGGAAGAAUCACCAGCACACACUGCCGGGACCCUUUCCUGGGGACGAGCCAGUACCCACGGCUGUCUCUGGCGCGCCCAGGUCCCCCUGGGGGGUGCGGUGUGGGGACAGGUCAGCGCGCCACCCUUCCAGUUGUGUGUCCGUGGAGCUGGUUCGAGCCCCACCCGACUCCCUGCCCCCCUGCGUGUACGAUGUCGCCUUCCGUCUGCUCCGUGGGGAGGUGGGUGGCCCCUCGGGCACAUGUCGCUUCUGUUUGGAAUCAAAGGAAUCGGCCCACACAGCCCCUCAUCGGAAUUCCCUUUCGCUUUUGUGAGCCCCGUUGUAUGACCCAGUAAACUUUGUACCAAACAAA